AUGAUAACAACAUCAGCAAUCUACAAUGUCGGUAAUGGUGGAGCUAGUGAUGAUUCACCUUGUUCAUCAUACACAGUUGUCAACGAUCCUUCGCGCAAUAUAGCUACAUCUGGGAUAGGUGGUGCAUGUGAUAAUGGACCCUUAUUCAAUACAAGUAUUGGUGGUAGAUGGAUUCGAUUUAUGGGCACAGGAGGUACUAUUAUACCUCUAACGUCACCGGGAGUAAAUCAUUGUGGUGCUUUCCUGUCAGGAUGGUUCAAUGGGACAUUACCAUCAAAAAUAGAAACAAUAGUUAGUGGAAAUAUAUGUUUCACUACAUUUAUCUCAGCCUGUCUAUUCUUUUGGCCUAUUUCAGUUGUUAAUUGUAAUAGUUUUUAUGUUUAUUUCUUGCCACCUUCAAAUUUCUGUAAUUUACGUUAUUGUACAGUAUGA